GUGAUGGAUGUUGGGAGAGGACAGCGAGUGGAGCAGCCGCCGUAACCGGGGGAGGAGAGGGCGUCGGGAGCGGGAGAACGGGAGUAAGAGAGGUGGCAAACGAGCGCCGCCGCCAGCGGUCAGCUGUGCCAGGUGGCUCCUCUGUCUGCAGCCACAGGAGCACCGGGGAGAGCGCCGUGCGCUGCCUUCAUGCUGCCGACGGCCGAAUGAGUGGGAGCACUCCAGCCGAGCGGGAGUCGGCGCUGCCAGCAGACGUCCUCCACCACUUCCAGCAGAUGUCAGGCUGUUUGAUGUAGCGCAGAGCAUCAAGUGAAGCGUCCGUCUGCACGCUGGCUGCUGCCGGGAGUCUGAGCCUGGAUGCCAGCUGUUAGAAAGGCAGAAGUCUGAGUGCCUGAAGAUGCUGACGGAGGAGAUGCUUUCAACAAAAGGUGGUUUUUGAACUACUGGAGAAGAGGCCGGCUCUCACCCAACACCCUCACCCCCGCCCCCCAGAUCGCGCUUAAAUCGCUGUUUAUGCAAGACUCUGGAAUCGGGAUCGCCCGGGCGCUGGGAGCCGUGAUGUGGAUGACGGGGAGGAGUUGUGACAGUGAGUCAGGGAGCAGUGAGGUUGUGGAGGGUGAGAGGGCGAGUACGGGCGGCCCCUGCCCCGCGCCUCCGGCCACCGCCGCCUCCCCGUGAGGAUGCAGGUCCUACAGAUCGUCAAGGAGCUGGUGUCGCCGUCCAGACGCAGGGCAGCGGGCAGGUUUGGAGCGUCUGACACCGAGCAGGAUGCAGCGGUGAAACUCGACCAGGAGCGCGCUGAGAUCGUCUCCAAAUAUGACAAGGGUAAAGAGGCCGUGGUGGAGCCCUGGGAGGACACCAACUUCCGCCUGUACAAAGUCAUCGACCGCUUCGGCUUCGUCCAUGAAAAUGAACUUCCAUCCUACGACUCGGUGGAGGAGAAGCAAAAACACAUGGAGGUGGAGAGGACCACCAAAUGGCUGAAGAUGCUGAAGAGCUGGGACAAAUACAAGAACAGCGAGAAGCUGGUCAGGAGGAUCUAUAAGGGAAUCCCUCUGCAGCUUCGAGGGGAGGUGUGGUGUCUACUGCUCGAUAUUCCCAAAAUAAGGGAGGAGAAGAAAGACUUCUACGAGAAAUUAAAAGCCAGAGCCCGAGGGCUGUCCCCUGAUGUUCGUCAGAUUGAUCUGGAUGUGAAUCGGACCUACAGGGACCACAUCAUGUUCAUGCAUCGCUACGAUGUCAAGCAGCAGGCUCUUUUCCACGUCCUCACGGCCUACUCCAUGUACAACACAGAGGUGGGCUACUGCCAGGGUAUGAGUCAGAUCACAGCCCUGCUGUUGAUCUACAUGAACGAGGAGGACGCCUUCUGGGCACUGGUCAAACUACUGUCAGGGCACAAGCACGCCAUGCACGGGUUUUUUGUUCCCGGCUUCCCAAAGUUGAUGCGGUUCCAAGAGCACCACGAUCGCAUACUCAAGAAGACGAUGCCCAAACUGAAACACCACCUGGACAACCAAGAAGUGUUUACCAGCCUGUACACCCUGAAGUGGUUUUUUCAGUGCUUCCUGGACAGAACUCCCUUCACCCUAACCCUCAGGAUCUGGGACAUUUACAUCUUGGAGGGGGAGCGAGUGCUACCAGCCAUGUCCUACACUAUCCUUAAAAUGCACAAGAGACACCUGAUGAAGUUGUCCAUGGAGGAGCUGGUGGAGUUUUUGCAGGAGACCUUGUCCAAAGAUUUCUUCUUCGAGGAUGACUUUGUGAUUGAGCAGCUACAGGCGUCCAUGACUGAGCUCAGGAGGGCAAAGUUGGAUCUGCCUGCGCCAGGUAAAGACGAAGAGUUUCCCAGGAAGCCUCUAGGGCAGCUCCCGCCUGAACUGCCAGCCGUGAUGAACCACCUGGCCAACGGUCAGAGCCACAUCGAGCCAGCCGGACCUCCCAGGGACUCGAGUCCUGUACUGGAGCAACAGCAGGAUAGUGAACCCCCCAGCCGUCCACACCAGGACUAUGUGGAUAAACCACUGCGCCACAGUGGGGACAAGAUGGGUGGCCGUUCCAGGGGAUUAGAGAGAAUCCCUAGUGAGCCGCAAACGCACUCCACCGCCACCACGACACCUGAACGGGGGUUCAAGCCGCCUUCAUUGGAUAUCUCUACGCAGCUCGGCACAGUGGGUAAAGGGAAGCCUCAGGGUCACACUACUGCUAACAACAACUCCAAUGCAGUAUCCAGCGCUCACAGAGACAUCACUCCACGCUGGGUUAAACCCUCAGAGACUAAGCUGGAAGCAGUCAAAGCAGCAGCCCGGGGGGCCCAGCUGAGCAGAGGGGUAUCACCGGCUCCUUCCAGCCCGGACAACACUCUGCCGCCCUCCCGCCAACCACGCUCCAAGGGAUUCGUUCCUGCCUCCGACCGAGGCUCUAAUGCCUCUCAGUAUGACAACGUACCAGGAACGGCCGAACACGAUUUUGAAAUACUGGAACUUGAGAAACCUCCAACUAGAAUAAGGGCACCUCGUAGCGAGACACCAUUCAGCGUAUCAUCACAGCAUCAGGACAGUUCCAGCCGUGGAACCAGUCAAGCUGGGAGCAUAGUUUGUGCUGCGUCAGGGCCCAGGAUGGCCCAGCAUCCCCCUCCUCCUCACUUCUCCAACAGUUCAUCAGGGAUCCAGGUCAGCUCCCCUGACAACCACAACCAGUAUGUCCUAAGCAAGCCUACAGAGGUCCCAAUCUUCCAUCCCGCCCACGGUAUGAACCUGGACCACAAAAGAACAGAAAGACUCUACGCACCGUCUUCUCGAUACCCGCCACCCUCCAGUGAUGCGUACGGUCACCAUGCAUACGCCACCACCCAGCGGCAACCUAGCAGCCGGUCCCCGGAGAAGGCACUAAGGAACAACUCCUUUGCCACCUACCGCAGGCAGCCUCCCCCCAGCUCUGCUCACAAUCCUCGCCUUGCCAAGCCUCCACCAGAGCACUCCCUGCAGCUAGAGCCCCAGGGGAGCACAACUCCUAUCUACCUACAGCAGUUUACCUCCACCUCAGAGCCUAAUCAGGUCAACUAUAGGUUUGAGGGACAAAGAAGAGACGAGGCGAACCUGCGCUACCUUCCCAACGUCGAGCGGGUUGUAGACGGGCUCUUGUGGUCACCAGAGCAUGAGCAGCUUCCUAUAUCCCCAGGUGGGAUGCCACGCUCACCCAGCUUCCAGCAAGCCCAAAUGUCUCCUGUCCAGCAAUUUACCUUCCCCGCCAGCUCAGACGGCAUACAUCACUACAGGACAGAGUUCCAGGAGCAGCAGCCGGUCAUAAGGCAACAGCUCCCCCAGUUGUUUGGAGGACCACACUACAGGCAUGCACAAGAGGCUUUUGCCCUGCAGGAGACCAUGCUGCUGUGACUGGAAGAUACUGCAACAAAAACUGAGGUGUAGUCACCAACACUGUUGUAAAGACAAAGUUCCUAGCCUGCCUAGGAUCCUGGAUACGUUUCUGCUCUGUUGCUCUUCACAUGUGAAGUACUGUACUCCAGACAGAUAUGCAGCAUCAAAAGGCUGCAGGACAUUUUUACUGAUCACUCUAACAAAGAGGGAAAAUCUUACUGAAGAUUUUAUUUUAUUUUUGGAUGUAAAUCAGUUACAAAAGUACAGUAAGAGUACAUAUAUUUUAGAGUCUAUGUACAGUGACAUUUUGUUAAUACUGAGUUGUCAGUAGUAUUAAUAGUAAUUCUCCUGAGCAAAAAUCUGAUUUAUUUUCCAUCUAUUUUUUUAUGUUGCUUACAGAUUUUACAUUGGACAUUAAUUUGCUGUUGAAUGUUGAAUGAACAUAUUUUCAAAUAAAUAAAUAGUUCCAAUGACAGAAUUAGAGAGAAGUGGUGACUUCUCAGUCGCUUCAAACCACACCUUCAGUUUCAGAGAUGUAAGUUUGUUCUUCAACUUCUGUACAAUGCUUUACUCAUUUACAAGUGAAGUACAGGAAAUGUACGUGUACUUUAGACCCAGGACUCUAAACCAUGAGAGUUAAUAUACAGUUAUUAGAUCUUCUGACUCACAAAGUCAAACAAAACUUUCAAAAUGACUGUAGCUCUAUCUUAAAUACAUGUGAACUAGAUGCAGUACAAGUUUGCUUUACUCCAUUAUAUUACCAUUAUUCUCAACACUGUUUAGCUGCUAACACUUCCACUGGCAUAAUCAUCUGCCGCACACACGACAUGAAUGUGAGUACGUUUAACGUCCUAAUCAGUUACUUUACAUAAUAUUAAUUGUCAUACUCUGAUUCUGAUGGAGUUAUUCUCAGUCAGUAUUGGCAUACUGUUCUUUACAUUCCGUAAGUUCUGUUUUUUUUUUGUUAAAUGACUAAUUGAAAAACAUUCUGACACUUUGCUUAAUAAAAGAAAACGGGUGAAAAAACA